GUACCGCAUCGAACGCGCCAGAAAGAGACCGCGCCAUUUGUGCCCGGAGUUUCCAAACGACCCUGGCAAUUGUUAUAUAAUGUAGAUAAAACAGAUGUUUACAAGCAUACCAUUUAAUAAUGUAUUCAUUAUCUGUCAUGUGAUGAAAUGUUAAAAAAUAAUAAUGAUGGCGCAACAUUAUACAAUGUGAUUAAAGCUGCGGUUAUUUAUUUGCGUGAUCGCCUGAUAGAGAAUAAACAACUUCGGUGUUUGUUUUGAUAUUUCAAUAUUUUUGUCAUAGGCAUACCUAGUUCGGGGAAGGAGGGGUCCAGGGCAUGGCAGAUGCCAUCUGGGUUUAACACAAAUAAAUACAUUUAUAUAUUGUUAAAUCGUGAUGACUAAUCUGAAUAUAGCGGUCGUGGGUGGUGGAGUGGUGGGCUACACCGUCGCUAGAUUACUGCAGCAAGAAUUAAGAAAUGUUAACCUCACAUUAAUAGCUGAUCUCUUCGGUGAAGACACCACGAGCUGUGUCGCCGCCGGCAUCUUCCGCCCCGGUCCAAGCUUUGCUGGACCGAAUAAGCAAAUAACAAAGCAAUGGAUCGACGACUCUUGGUACUUCUUCGAGGAUAUAGUAAAAUCCAGCGAGGCGGCUCAAGCCGGGAUAAUGCGCCUUAGUGCUUACAUAUUCUCUAAACAAAAUUACCACACAACGCGAAAUCAUCUGAUCGAAGACAUCGUACCCGUGUACCGACCGGUUGAAAAGGACGAGCUCAAAAUCUGUGGCGAAGGCUGGAAGUACGGCUCGUAUUAUGAAACACUAAAAAUAGAAUGUGACAAAUACCUUCCAUGGACCGAAGGAAUCAUUAAACAAAACGGCGCGAAAAUUAUACAACGCAAAGUAGAUUCUCUUGCCUCGCUCACAGAAUACGAUUUAGUCUUCAAUUGCACUGGAAUGGGCGCGAAAUAUCUCUGCAACGACACCGAUUUAGUCGCCAUUCGUGGCCAAGUAAUCAAAGUGCGGGCGCCGUGGCUCAAAUACUCAGUAUACGGAGACUACGACACGUACGUCAUACCCGGCUUUAACGGCUUAGCAACAUUAGGAGGCGUGCGGCAGUAUGACAGCUACAACAUGAAUGUUUGUAAACACGACGCGGCGGCCAUAUUUGAGCGUUGUUGCGAGUUGGUGCCAUCGUUGAAGGAUGCGGAAAUCAUUGGGCAUAGAGUGGGACUGCGGCCGCAUAGAGUGCCGGUACGGGUGGAGCCGGAGUUGGUGGGCGGCGUGAAGGUGGUGCAUUGCUACGGACAUGGAGGUUACGGCGUCAUGUGUGCCCCGGGUACCGCCAUCACUGCAGUACAGAUCGCCACUGAGGUGCUCAGAACCAACUUUAAAAGCAAAAUGUGAUGAGUUACACAAGGGAUAAAAAAUCAGUUUUAGAUCGCAGUCAUAUAAUGAUUUUUUAUGUUUACGCUAAUGUUAGAUAUUAAAAUAAAACUA